AUGGAGGUGCUCUACAUGCUCCUGGCAGCUCUCUUCUUCUCAGCGCCCAGACAAGCCCAAGCGAAGCCAAUGGAGCCUCCUGCCAGCCUGAAGAGCAGAAUCACUGGAAAUGCCUCUGUGGAGUCAGGCCUCCUUGGCACGGCCGCGCUGCGCCUGGCCAACGGCAGCGGUCCCUGCGAAGGAACGGUGCAGGCCCUGCACGAGGGCCGCUGGGCACCCGUGUGCCGCGAGUCCUGGAGCCCGGCCACGGCCCACGCUCUCUGCAAGCGCCUGCACUGCGGAGAUGCCGAGGAGGAGGCCGCCGCGGCGGAUGCUCCUGCCAUGGGGCCAUCCCCCGUCAUCCCGGGAGCCCUCUCCACGGUGCACAGCGACUGCGUGGCCACGGUGGCCAACUGCAGCGGCUGGCAGAGGGGACCCUGCRUGCUGAAGCUGGCCACCGCGCCGCACUGCUGCAGGGCAGGGCUGGCUCGAGCUGCCUGCACAGGUGAGAGCCGUGCCCUGGAGGUGGCCCAGCCCACGGGCCAAGCUCUCCCGCAGGUCAGUGCCACCCGUGUGUGUGUGCCAGGUCCCCACAGGCUGCGGCUGGCCGGCGGGAAGAGCCGCUGCGAGGGCCGCGUGGAGCUGGAGCAGGCGGGCAGGUGGGGCACGGUGUGCGACGACGGCUGGGACGUCGCCGACGCCGGCGUGGUGUGCCGGCAGCUGCAGUGCGGCUGGGCGCUGCGCGCGCGGCACGGCGCCGCCUUCGGCCGCGGCGCGGGGCUCAUCCUCCGCGACGACGUGGCCUGCGCCGGGCACGAGGACCACCUGUGGGACUGCCCCGCCGCCCGGGAGCACGACUGCAGCCACAAGGAGGACGCCGGCGUGGUGUGCUCGGAGCACCAGCAGUGGCGGCUCUCCGGAGGCCGGGAUGGCUGUGCCGGCCGCGUCGAGGUCUUCUUCAGGGGCACGUGGAGCACGGUGUGCGACAGCACGUGGUACGAGAUGGAGGCCAGCGUGCUGUGCCACAUGCUGGGCUGCGGGGCGCCCCUYGAGCGGCCCUCCUUCGACCACACGCUGCCCGGCAAGAUGCUUUAUGAGUGCACGGGGCUGCAGCCGUCGCUGGCCCACUGCAAGUGGACCUACAACAAGUCAGCUCCUUGUCACCAGUCCCGGGCAGCUGGUGUCGUCUGCAAUGGCUCCCUGGGCUUAGAGAUGCUGGCCACAACGGAAACUCCGAACACGAGCAGUGUGACACCCCUGAACUCUGGGGGCUCCUUGAGUGAGAGAGCCCAGAUCCCGCUGCACAUGCCRCUCCUCAUCCUGUGCGUGGUUCUGGGCGCGUUGCUCCUGGUUAUCACUCUGGCUUUCAUCACCACCCUGCUGAGGAUGAGGAAGAUGAAKGCACACRCUGUGUCCUCUCCAUCGCUCUCUGGGCCAGUUCUGGUGACCCACAGUGCCCAGGGCCUUGAUGUGCCCUCUGCAGUCUACAACGACUACAGGCAGAUGCCCACCAGUCCCCAAAAAGGACAAGGUAGGACCAACCAGCCGCUCGCACCCCUCCUGGCAGCCAAGGACUCUGACUCCGACUCGGACUAUGAACACUAUGACUUCAGCAGCAAGCCGCCUGUGGCCCUCUCCACCUUCUACAACUCCCUGCGACGCCAGCCAGGCGACCAAUUGCUCCCACUGAUGCCGAGCCAGGACGUGCUGGUCCCUGCRGAGGAGCGCGCCGUGCUGCUCCCCCAGCCCUGCGAGACAGCGAGCAGCUCCUCCGGCUCCUCCAGCUCCGCAGAGCCCUACUGCAACGGCAGCGCGCCCCCGCCGUGCCCCUGGGCCUGCCCGCAGCCCCCCGAGGAGGGCACCCACCCGAACGCAGCACCCGCCGUGCUCAGCAGCGCUGAGUACCCCCCCGCAGAGCCGAAUCCCGCUGACAGCUCCAGCACCUCGUCCGGGGAGUGGUACGAGAACGUGCAGGGGGCAGAGGCUKCCAGCACCGCAUCCGCGGGCUCCGGUGAGGACGCUGUUGGCCGGCUCCCUCCUGCCGCUCCGGGGCACRUGCGCAGGACUCUGACACCUCGGAGGGCAGCGACUACGAUGACAUCCAGGUCUCUGCCUACUGAGGCUGGCAACUGGCCUCCUCUGGGCUGCCCGUGCCCUCCAUCCAGCCCCAGGGAAGGGGUGCCCAGCUGCUAA